AUGCGUUUCUCUACCUCCGCUGUCUUCGUCGCCGUCGCCAUUGGCGCCCAGGCCCUUCCCCAGGAGUCUGUCCAGCCCAUCACCCAGAUCUCCGACGGUCAGAUCCAGGCUCCUCCCGCUACCAGCGCGCCUGCUGCUUCUGCCCCCGCCGGCUCUUACGAGGUCCCUUCGGCCCCGGCUGCCACUGAGGUUCUGCCCUCCGUGACCCCGGUCCCGCUCCCCUCUGUUGUGCCCUCCAGCGCCGCUGUCGUGCCCUCGUCCGGCUACAACACCCCCGUGGCUCCCUCCGUGCCCGCUGGCACCGGAGCUAGCUCUGCCCCGUACCCCAUCAGCUCCGGCGGCGCUGUCUACACCAACGGCACUGUCGCACCCACUGGCGGAAGCACCGCCUCCUCCAGCUCCUCUGCCGCUGGCGAGACCUCCACUGGCUCUCCUCAGCCCACCUCCGGCCCCGGCAGCGGUGCCGCCACCACCUUUGUCUCCAUGGGUGCUCUCUUCGCGGGUCUCUUCGCCUUCCUCGCAUAA